CCUGCCGGUGCGCUGGCAGCUGGCCUGUCCCCGUGAUCCUCACUGCUGCCACCCGGUCCCCCUCUCAGUCAGGGCCCGGGACUGGAGUCCCCACCAUCCUCUCUUAAUCAAUCCCUACCCCCAGAUCACAAUGCUCUAGGCGGCUGCCUAAAGCUGAAAAAAAUGGUAGAGUCGACCCUCUUUCUACCUCCAAAUAGAUAUGCAGUAUAUGCAUCUGUUUAGUGCGUAUCUUCCUCAUCGGACAGCUCUCUGCACUGAUCCUGGCCUUCCUGUUCCGAUAUUGUCUGCCUCCCUCUCAAUGUGGUGCAAAAGUCAGACAUGGUGUGGCCUCCAUGCUGGGAAUAUGUUUGUCGAUCUACUGCUUUGGAUGGCUCACCAUGUUUCUCAUAGGAGAAGUCAUCCUAUGCUAUCUCAUGCUUCUUAUGGUUGAUCCUAGAAGAGUUCAUAUGUACACAUUGUUGCUGACCAUGUUCUAUCUCACUUUCUUCCACAUCCGAAGAUAUGCAAACCCUUUGGUGGAUGACCUGGACUUCACUGUGGCUUUAAUGACAUUGACCCAGAAAUUAAGCAGGGUGGCAUUUGAAUAUCAUGAUGGUUCAGUGCGCAGUGAUCAGUCCCUGAGCCCCUCACAGACACGCCUUGCUAUUCAUGCUCCUCCUGGAAUCCUCCCAUAUUUAAGUUACACAGUCGGGUUUUUAGGACUUCUUGCUGGACCUCUCUGUUCUUUCAAUGACUACCAGAUAUUUAUACAUGGAGAGGAGAAGAAAAGGAACCCAAAUGUGGCAGUGUGCAAGAAAUUGUGCCUAUGUUCUGUUCUUCUGGCUGCUCAUAUUACCUUGUCAGAUCGAUUUUCUGUAUCUAGUGAUCCCCACCGCUCAGUGACUGGACAUUUUGUGAACCUCUACCUCACUGCAGCGUCUAGAAGGCCCAAGUACUAUUUUGCCUGGACACUAGCGGAUGCCAUAAAUAAUGCAGCUGGCUUUGGGUUUAAUGGAAUCUCUGAAGAUGGGCUGGAGAGAUGGGACCUGCUGUCCAACCUGAAUAUAAUAGGAAUUGAGACAGCGACCAGCUUCAAGAUGUUUAUUGAUAACUGGAACAUACAGACAGCAGUAUGGUUAAAAGAGGUUUGUUAUGAUCGAAGUCCAUUUUGCCCACUGCUUUCUACUUUCCUGCUCUCAGCAGCCUGGCAUGGUGUAAAUCCAGGGUAUUACUUGACCUUUCUCACCGCUGCGCCUAUCACACUUGCUGCUCGCAAGGUGAGGCAAACAGUACGUCCAUGGUUCCAGCAUACAUCAUGGAGCAAAUCAGUGUAUAGUGUGACCACUUGGGCUUGUACACAGAUAGCAAUGAGCUACACUGUGGCACCAUUCAUACUGCUAGAACUUGGACCAUCGCUGCAACUAUACAGAUCUUUGGGCUUCUUCUUACACAUUCUACCUUUCCUGCUACUGCUUAUUCUCCCUGAGCGAAAAAGACUUCAGCCAGUAAAAUCAAGACCUACAGAGACAACAUUCAACCACCUAAAGAAGGAAAUGUAAAGUUGAUGACCAUGUAUUUUUUGUACAAAUGCGCAUGUGAGCCUCAGAUUAAUAAUUUUAUUAGUACAUGUCAGUAACUUAUUUUAAGGAAGAGUCUGUAUUUGUAUGUGUUACGUAACAUACCAAACUGAGGCGGUCCAGGAUCUGGUAGUCUCCUGAGGUGAGAUUCUACAAUAGCCAUACCCAAAUAUUGUAACAAUCCUUGUUACAACUUAUUGCCCUGGUGUUGCCUCUGGCCAACUAGUAUUUUCUGAAUUAUAUUCAGAUGUUGGCUAUGGAAAUGAAUGCUUGAAUUCAUACAUUUUGCCUUCAUCUAUGUUGUUUGUAUUUUCUUUGUGCAUUGAAAGUUGAACAGAGUUGAAGGCCUGUUAUAAUGAACAGUGAUUAUACCAAGGACUGUGUAGGAAGCCUUCCAAAGCUUUAGGUACCAUGCACUGCUAUGCAGUUUCCAUGGGUUUCUUUACAUAGGAAUGGAAAUCCAUGAAAUCUGGAUAGCCCUGAAUAAAGAAUCCGCUCCAUAAUUUGACUGUGUUUACGGCAUGAUAGCUAGUGCACAUAUAGCGAAUGCUUGUAAAUUCUACAAGAUACAGGUUGAGUAUCCCAUAUCCAAAUAUUCCGAAAUACGGAAUAUUCCGAAAUACGGACUUUUUGAGUGAGAGUGAGAUAGUGAAACCUUUGUUUUCUGAUGGCUCAAUGUGCACAAACUUUGUUUAAUACACAAAGUUAUUAAAAAUAUUGUAUUAUAAGACCUUCAGGCUGUGUGUAUAAGGUGUAUAUGAAACAUAAAUGAAUUGUGUGAAUGUAGAUACACUUUGUUCAAUGCACAAAGUUACAAAAAAUAUUGGCUAAAAUUACCUUCCGGCUGUGUGUAUAAGGUGUAUAUGUAACAUAAAUGCAUUCUGUGCUUAGACUUAGGUCCCAUUGCCAUGAUAUCUCAUUAUGGUAUGCAAUUAUUCCAAAAUACGGAAAAAUCCGAUAUCCAAAAUACCUCUGGUCCCAAGCAUUUUGGAUAAGGGAUACUCAACCUGUAGUACAUAUUCUAUAUUCAAAGCUUAUCUGGGAGAUAAACUUGACAAUCUGUAUUGCUACAUAUUGCAGCGAUACAAAAUAAUGUCCCGCUGCUACUGUACUCUAGGCUAGCUCCCUGCUCGCUACUGUACUCUAGGCUAGCUCCCUGCUCGCUACUGUACUCUAGGCUAGCUCCCUGCUCUUCCUAUUCAUCCUCAGCCUAAUGCUGCCGGUGAUAAAGGAGUAUGACAUUUCUAUGUAUGGCUAACUUCCUUGGAUAGUUAUUUGACCCAGGAGGGAUAUAGCAAUGCUUCACUGUAGGGAUGGCCAUUGGUGGGCUAUCCAUCGAUGGUCACCAUUGAUGGCUAACAUCAAUGGUAUAGAAUUAUCUGCAUGGGAAUCACCGGUGGUUUCACCGACUGAUGGUCAUCCUUCCUUUACUAAGGAGUGGUCUGCCGGCCAAUCAGUGACUGGGGACAGGGCUUCACGGAUGUUGGGGGGUGAAGCUAUGCUCCUUGGGCUAUACCAUCGAUUGCAAGAAACCAUUUGGUAUUCAACAUCGGCCAUAGACCAUUGAUGAUUUUGAAUCAUCGAUGGUCGGUAGCCAUCCCUACUUCGCUGGCUUUGCUGGUCUCCACUUGUUGGGUAAUACAAAUGCCACUCUGAGAUGGCGUUAAGGAUUCAGUGUGAUUUACUGGCGGAUGGGAUGCCCUGUCUAUAGCCCAACAGGGCAUCCUGCCCGCCAGAGCGCAAAGAGACCCCUUGUGGGCUUUUUGCGCAUGCCACACCAUGCUGCGGGCUUGGUGGCUCGCCGCGCUCGCCACAGGAUCUAUUCCCACUCUAUGGGUGUCGUGGACGCCCAUGAGUGGGAAUAGUCCUGUUGCGCUGGGAUUCUGGCUGUCGGGAUUUCAGCAUCGGUAUCCUGACUGCUGGGAUCCGACAGCCAGCACAUUAAACGCUUCCCGGCGUUACGUUUUUUUUACCACUUAAUAAAUUGCUAACAGUCACCCUCCUCAUAGAGGUCCAUGGGAACAGUGUUAGGCUGCAGUAACUAGGGUAUUGGAAGCAAAUUCUCCAGCAUUAACUCUUUAUUAAAUAGGCAAAAGCAUAGCUGUUUGCCAGUGUGUUUACCAGCAAAAAUACUUUUUGAAUAUUCCUCCUAUUUGAUCACUUUCUCUGUUACCACAGUCAUCUUUCCCCUCUGACAAAUAGCACUAUAUUUAGGAAUACUCCAAAAGAGGUGCUUACUGUGCCUGACAAAUCAGAUGUAUAUACCAGUUUGCAUGUUUUAUUUUCCGAUCUUGCAAUUCUUCACAGCGAUUUAAAAAGUAGACCUGGGUUAAGCAGCACUUUAUUUAAAAUGUAAUGGCGUUUGUCUGGAGCUAACUGAAAAUUCAAUAAAAAUCAGCACCUGCCAUUAUGUAUAGCAUAUUAAGCAACUUUUAUGAAACCACUGUGGCUUAUGAAAUUGUAUGUGAUCUUUGAUCUUUAUAGGGAAAAGUGUGCUGAUUAAUUAACUUUAAAAACAAAAGAAUGCAGUGCACUCUAUAAAAAUUAAGUAAACAGGGAAAACAGCAUGCAAGACUACUUAGCAAACACCUGUAGUACACUAGCGGUGGAACAGGUGCUCAUUUUACCCAUAUUUUAUGUUGAUAUACUCCAGAGUAAACAUCCAUAGUUGCAUUAUAAAUAAAAGUGCGGUCGUCUACUGUUUAUAUUGCAUUCACUUUUAAUGCCACUGGGAUCACCACCACCAAAUAUCACAAAACUGGAAACAAACUUUCCAAUAUGAUUUUAUCGUUUUACUAGGUUCAGAAGUGCCAAAAACGUGAUGCUAAUUUGUACAGUUUUCCCUUAUUUAGUAGAACAUGUUCAGUUUCAGUGUCUGGAUUUAUAAAUGUUGCUCAUUGGUAGGAAUGGAACACUAUACCUUGCAGUUCUGACUCACAGUAGUUUCACAGGCUGUUGGCCGUAGUGGACAGCAGUCACACAGGAACAGACAAAUAUAUAGAACCAGGUAACAAAUAUCACUGAAAAGUUUGGUUUGCUUGACAGAAUGUAUCAUUGUUAGCGGAGAAACUCCUAGAGAUAUUGGGGGUCAUUCCGAGUUGAUCGUAGCUGUGCUAAAUUUAGCAUAGCUACGAUCCAUCACACUGACAUGCGGGGGGACGCCCAGCACAGGGCUAGUCCGCCCCGCAUGUCAGUGCCGCCCCCCCCCCCCCCCGCGCAGAAGUUCAAAGGCAUUGCACAGUGGCGGCGCCUUUGCACUUCAAGAGUAGCUCCCGGCCAGCGCAGCUUUAGCGUGCUGGCCGGUAGCUACUCAUCUCUCCCCGGCCUGCAGUGGCUGCUUGUGACGUCACACAGCCGCUGCGGCCCGCCUCCCGUUUGGUCUGGCCACACCUACGUUGGCCGGACCGUUCCCACGAAACGGCGGACAAACACCGCCGUUCUGCCCCCUCCUGCCCAGCGAUCGCAUCUGCCUGUCAAUCAGGCAGAGGCGAUCGCAGCCCUGCUACAGCCUUCGCCGUCUGGCAUGUGCCGGCGCACUAUGGCACCGGCGCCUGCGCAGUAGAGACCUGUUCGCUCGGCUGCGAAAAACAGCAGCGAGCGAACGGGUCAGAAUGACCCCCAUUUAGCGUACUCUCUACUUCCCACUUGCACUUUGGGGUCAAUUCAUGAAGCAGUGAAAAGAGUAGAGAAGUGAGCCUGUGGAGAAGUUGCCCAUGGCAACCAAUCAGCUGCUCCAUACAAUUGUAUAGUAUGCAAAUUAUAAAUGUUACUUCAAUGCUUAUUGGUUGCCAUGGGCAACUUCUCUACUGGCUCACUUCUCCAUACUUUUCACUGCUUCAUGAAUAGACCCCUUCUUCGGGGUCAGUCCUAUUCCCUGUGAUGUUUUUGCAGGUGUACGCAAGUGUGGCGCUGUCAUGGUACCGCCGACAUGAUUUUUGUUCAUAUCUGCGAGUCAAUCACUAAAAGGGACCGCAAGGGGUGUGAGUUCAGGUGCCAUUACCAGUAUUUGCACACCACGACAACAACACCUUGCACCCUCCAUGUGGAAUAGGAUUGACCUCUUUGUGUACUGUUAGUGUACUGUGUUUUUGUGCAAUGUCAUGGCACACACAAAUGUAUUUCAAUGUAAAUAGUCUUACAGUGACAAAUCUAAUAACAUACUAAAGUGUAUACAAAGUUAAUUGAAACAUGCAAUUUAGACUAACAUGACAAAAUAUAGAUAGUUGAGACUGAGGCUAGUAAUGCUGAAUGGUUUUGUAACAAGCAUGUCCUUAUGUACAGAUAUGCAACGUAAUACAGAAAAGCCUGCUAGUGUAAUAUUAUGUAGUAUUUAAUGUGUUUUUUUUAUGUUUUGCACAUCUAUUGUCUUUGUUUGUGGUUUAUGUCAUCAAUAAGGGCUGAGCAAAACAUUCAACUUUAGUUAGUACUAGAGUAAAGUGAAUAAAAACAUGUACAGUAGCAUGUGAUAUUAAGAAUAAUUGUACUUAGUGGCCUAGAAUACGAACUGGCUGUAUAUGGGCUAAUAUGGAUAGGGCAAGAGACAGUAGCAUACGAGUAUUCCAUAAACUUUACAAGCGCUGUGUGUUGUGUUCAAGAUUGAGAAAAUGUAGUCUGGAGUCUCAUUCACUAUAGAAAUAAAUGUUCUCUGUUUUCUAAUGCCCUUUUUACUGAACGCAACUUGAACAAAGCAUACCACUGGCACUGAUAGCGUACAGAUUUUUUUAUUCUGAACUGUUGCUUAAGUAUUUAAUACCGAUUUUAAUAUUAUUGUUAUUGAUUUAUAAUUACAGAUUUAUUUUAUAUAUUACAUUCUUAAUAAAAAAAAAAAUCUUGAUAAAUGGUGCAUAUUUAAUUGUAAUACUGUAUUACUCUUUGUUCUAUGCGUGUUUUCAUUUGCUAUGCUUUUUAUAGUUAUAUUUAUUAUUGCAUAAUGUAUAUUUUAUUUCUGAAUGAUGGUACAUUGUGUGUAAUAUAUACAGCCCUGUAAGGUAUGUAAAAUCUGAUGAAGGUAGUUAAUGUGGAAAUAAACCAUUAAAUAGAUCAAGACAUGUUAUAGGGGAGUGUGAAAUGUGCUGUCAUACUGUGAGGACAUCUCUGCUUACUCAAAAUUAUUUGAAGUUGCUAGUGACACACUACCAUAUCCA